GUUAAUUUUUUUAUAAAAUUGAAUAUUAUAAAAAAAAAUAUACUUUUUUGCGGGAGAAAUCCCAUCGAUUACAAAAGACUGACGAAAGAAUAAAAAAAAAGAAAAAUAUAAAAUUUAAAAAAUUUUCGAAAAAUAUGUGAUAUAAAUAAUGUUUGUAGUUAUCAUGCCGGUAAAAUUCUCGGCAUUUCUCGUACUGUCGUUUUCUGAGUUAAGUCGUACUGAAAGUGAAAGAUUUAUAAAAGAUAUAUCUACAAAAUUAACUUCUUUUUAUUAAAUAUCGAAAUAUAAUGUAUGAACCAAUUGCAACAACAGAAAAAUCGCAGAAGAUCGAGGCGAUAAACAAAGAAACAAUACAUCGUAUUUGUUCUGGACAGGUAGUGAUUGAUCUUUCAAUUGCUGUAAAAGAAUUAGUUGAAAAUAGCUUAGACAGUGGAGCUACAAUUGUUGAUGUAAAGCUAACAGAUUAUGGAAAAACAUGUAUAACUGUCUCAGACAAUGGAAGUGGAGUUGAAGAACAAGAUUUUGAAGGAUUAGGUUUAAAACAUUAUACGUCUAAACUCCGUGAAUUUUCGGACUUAACAGAGGUAAAUACAUUUGGAUUUCGUGGAGAAGCCCUAAGUUCAUUAUGCGCAUUAGGUGAUCUAAGUAUCGUAACCAGACAUUCGACUAAUGAACAUGGAUUCAAAUUGGAAUUUGAUAGGAAUGGUUUAUUAAAAAAGAAAGAAAUAUAUGCUAGAGAAAAGGGAACGUCAGUUCAUGUAAAAAAUAUAUUUAAAAAUCUUCCAGUUAGAGCAAAAGAAUUUCAUAGAAAUAUAAAAAAGGAAUAUACACGUACUAUUCAAAUAUUAUACAGUUAUUGUUUAGUUUCCGUUAAUGCAAAAAUAUCAUGUACAAAUACAAUCUCAGGAAAAUCCUCUAAUCUUAUUGUAAGCACGGCAAAUGCGGAUAGUGUUCUUAAAAAUGUUAUUGCUGUCUUUGGUAAAAAAUCUGUUGAUAGUUUGAUUCAAGUUGAAUUACAACCGCCUGAUGAAACAACCUUAGAAGAAUACAACUUACCAAAUAAUUCCAAGAUAGACUUUGAUUGGGAAUGUUACGUCAGCAGCUGUGAUCAUACCUGUGGUCGUUCUACUCCUGAUAGACAAUUUUUUUAUGUAAAUGGACGACCUUGCGAUCUUGCAAAAAUAAAUAAAUUAAUUAAUCAUAUAUAUCAUAAAUAUAACAAUAAACAAUAUCCUUUUAUAUUUUUAAAUUUAAAAUUGAAUCAAGAAUGUGCUGAUAUUAAUGUUACACCAGACAAAAGAACUAUUUUGUUCACACAUGAAAAAAUAAUUUUAGCCUCUGUUAAAUUUAAUCUGAUAAGAAAAUGGGAGUCCGUGCAAGGAAAUUUUACUGUGAAAACCUUGACAGAAUUAAAUUGUGGAUUUAAAAGAAUAGCUUCUUCUAUUCAUGAGGAUCCACCAGCAAAACGAAUACAACUUUUUCAUAGAUCCCAAAAUAUUGAAAAAAAUAAUGAAAAAGAAGCGCACAUAGAGACAGACAAUGUUUUUGAAGAAAAUAAUGAAGUUGUGGAAAAAUUAUUGAACAUUGAAAUACCUAUCAAUAUAGAAAAAGUAAAAGAAAAGUUCUAUGAAAAAAAGAAAGCAUCUAAGAAUGACGUUACUAAAAAUGUAAAUUUGAAGUACAAAGUACAAAUAGAAGCUGAUCAGAAUAAUGAAGCUGAGAAAGAACUGCAAAGAGAACUUACCAAAGAAUCGUUUACAAAGAUGGAGGUUAUAGGGCAAUUCAAUUUAGGUUUUAUUAUAGCUCUGUUGGAAAAUGAUCUUUUCAUAAUUGAUCAGCAUGCAACAGAUGAAAAAUUUCGUUUCGAAAAAUUAAGUAAUGAGACGAAACUGAAAACUCAAAAAUUAAUUAUACCUAAACCUUUAAAUCUUUCAUCUUUAAAUGAAACUAUUCUCAUAGAACAACGAGAAAUAUUCGAAAGCAAUGGUUUCGAAUUUAAAAUAAAUACUGGAGAUGACGUUGGAAAACGUGUAGAAUUGAUCGGAAUGCCGGUUAGCUUUGGCUGGCAAUUUGGACAAGGAGAUAUAGAAGAAUUAAUUUUUUUAAUUAAAGAAGGAGCGAUAGAAAAUAAAGUUUCUUCUGAAAUUCCUCGUCCAAGUCGAGUUCGGCAAAUGUUAGCAUCAAGAGCAUGUCGCAGCGCAGUUAUGAUCGGUACUGCAUUAAAUAAUGCAGAAAUGCAAAAAUUAAUAAUACAAAUGAGUCAAAUGAAAAAUCCUUGGAAUUGUCCACAUGGUAGACCUACAAUACGACAUCUAUUUUCUUUAUUCCUAAUGAAUGGAUAAUAUUAAACAAUUCUUUUACCUAAAAAAUACACGAGUCAGACGAGAAAGAAAUUUUCUAUUCUUGAAUAAAUAACACUUUGUAAUACUUAUGAUAACGUAUUAAAAAAGUGGCAAAAUUACAUUAAAAUUAAUUAAAAAGCACAAAGGAAAUAACAAAAAGUAUAUUCUUCUGAAUAUUUUGACAAUAUAUAAUUAAGAUUAUAAAUUUAUUAGACACUAAUGGUACGAAAUAUAUUGUAUCCAGAAUGUGCUGUUGAUAUUAUAGUACCAGGACACUGUGGAUGCCAAUGUAAUUCCUUAAUGUCUGUUUGACCUUGAUGUAUAAACAGUAACUGUGGAGGCAAAUCUGUUAUUUCAUUGUCUUUGGAUUCUUCUGAAUGAUCUACUUCUACUGAUAGAUCCCAUUGCGCAAUUUGGUCAUCCGCACCACCUGAAGCAAACACAGUGGCUUCUUGAGGAUGCCACUCUACAGUUGUUACAGGUGCGGUAUGUUGUUUAAAAGUUGCAAGAGGAGUUGAUCCAUUUGGACUAAAUUCUCUCAAAUCCCAUAUACAAAGUAAUCCGUCAUCUCCUCCAGACACAAGAAAUUGAUUUUCUUUGUGAUUCCAAGAAAUGACGUUAAUAUCUGCAGUGUGUGUUCCAGAGACCGAUAGCAUACACGCGGAUUGUGGACUGACCCUUGUAUCCCAUAUCUUUAUACUAUACAGAAAACAAAAUUUUUGUCAAGUACAAAGAUGUACUCAUGUUUUUAAGUAAUAUAUAUUUAUAUAUAAUUCAUAGAAAACCUUUUAUCAACCGAACAAGAAGCCAAAACAUUUCUUUCAUUAGGAGACCAUUGAAUAUCUUCUACACUAUACGGUGCAUGUGAAUUAUAAGGCCUUUGAUCGACUUGCCAAGUUCCACUAGUAUCACUUCCACUGAUGCGCCAUAUGUGUAUAUUACCCUUACAGUCUCCAGAAGCUAAUGUGCCUUUUUCUGUAGGACACCAAUCAAGACCAUAUCCUUCGGUAAGAUGUCCAUUAAAAGUAAACAAUGGUUUUACACCACCAUCAGGUCUCUCACAUUUUUUACGAUAUGAAAGCAGUGAUUCAGUAUUAUCAACUGCUUUCAAUUGUUCAUUCAAAUUCCAAAGGUUUACUCGACCUAAUUCACUCCAACUUGCUGCUAAUGUUGUAUGCUCUAUUUGCGUACACCUAAAAAUAUUAUUAUAGUCGCAUUUUAUAUAAAUGUUCCAAUAAUAAUAUGUAAUAAUUAUAUAUUAUACAUUAAAUAUAUACAUAUAUUUAUUAUAUAUAUUCUAUACCUUAUUCUAUUAACGCAUCCUUGAUGUUUAAUUGGAGCAACCGUCAUAAUUGGAAUUCGUUCAUCGUUCUCAUCUUCAGAAUCGCUUGAUUCGUCUUCUGAAUCUAUAUCUUUUAUCCCAUGCAAAUUUGUCAUUUUCAUAACAAGAAGAUUAUUUACAUGUGCCUUUGCAGCUUGAGUACCAGCAACAAGGUACAUGCUAAGGGGAUAAGUUUCUCUAUCGUUACCAAGAUCAUCUAAUAUUAUGUCAAAGCUAAGACACGGUGCACCAGAUUGUGCAUGAUGCAACAUACGAUACGUAGAUUUAUCAACAAUAAGUUCCUCCUCUGGAUCUAAAGGUUGUCCAGGUAGAUACACUUUUGAUUCUACUUUAUUAUCCUUCUGAUCCUCAUCUUCAUUUUCUAUAAUUUUUUCACUUUCCGCAUCCUCGCUACUAUUAUCCAUACUUUCAUCUUCAGUAUUAUUCAUUACUUCAUGAUCCAUUUCUUCCGACAUCUUUAUAGAAAUUUGGAAAAAAAAAUGAGGAAUAAAAAUUCUGUAAGAGGUGUACGAAGAGAAAUUAACCUCAAAAAAUGAUACUAAUUAGAUAAAUAAUUAUUAAUAAUAAUACAUAUAUAAUAUUGAAUUAAUAUUAAAUAUUAAGUAUUAUUUGAUAGAUAGAUAUAAUAAUGGUAUAAAAAUAUCGAAUAUUUAUUUACCUUUAACAAAAUUCAAAUUUGUAUAUACUAUUCAAAAGCACAGGUCAACACGUGUAUGUGAUUGAUUCCAAAAUGUAUAUACACGAUAACUUGCAAAUUAUGUUUCCUGUACGAUCUACUUCUGCCAUCUAUAUUUGAAUAUAAUAGAAGACUAUCAAUAAAAUAUAUUAAUAAUAAUAAAAAUUGUUUAUAUCAAUGAACGAAAUGUUAGCUAUGAUUUUUAAUUUUAUUUAUGCAAAUAUUUUUCUAAAUUUUAUUAACGAUUGAUCAAUAAAUAUAUCUUACAAGUAAAACUUUCCACUAGACUAGUCAUAAUACAUUAGAAACCAUAAAAUAUAUAUAAGUAAUUAUUCCCAACAAGUUAUUAUAUAAUUAUAUAUUGUUAUUGAACAAUCUACUCAAUAAAAG